GACCCCCCCCCCCGCCCCCCCGCCCAAGCCCCUACCUCUGGAUGGAAGGCGUGGCAGGUGUCCGGGCGCCGGCGGAGCUUCUGGGAACGCAUCCUGUUGCACUUGACGGAGGCGUUAUGUGCAGAGGUCACUGUUAAGGUGAACACAGCUGAGGCGGAGCUGACGCUGGAGCCUGUGCGUGACAGUCACUCGGUCCUGUCUGACUCUGCGACCCCAAGGACUGUAGCCCGCCAGGCUCCUCCAGACGUCUAUAGGAUUCUCCAGGCAAGAGUACUGGAGUGGGUUGCCUUUCCCUUCUCCAGGGGAUCUUCCUGACCCAGGGAUCGAACUCAGGUCUGCCACAUUGCAGGUGGAUUCUUUACUGUCAGAGCCACCCGGGAACCUCUGGGGACUCAGUUCUGGAACCCCUGGUGGGACUGACUGCCUCACUGUCUUCCGGGGUCAGAGGUCAGCCCUUAGAGCCGUGGGAAGGGCAGGGUGUUGGUGGUGAGGGUGGCUGUCCCCACCUCUCUAGAUCUGAGCCCCUCAGUGAUGACCCGCCCUCCCUGCUCCCCCGUCCACCCCGUCCCCCCCCAGACUGGAGCCCCAGAGGAUAUAUUUGACCUCCUCCGCCUCCCGCAGCACUGGCGGGAAGAUGCUGCAGUCACAGGUGCGGUCCGUCACCAGGAGCAGGAGGUUACUGCUGGGGACCUGCUGCAUCACAAACGACCUGCGGACACGAGAGCGGUUGGCGCAUGGAGGCUCCGAGCAGCCGGACGCUGGGCUUCAGGGAGGCUCUUCUGGAGAUGGCACGAAGGCUUGGGGGCCCAGGAAGAAGCUGAGCGAAAGAGGAGGCACCUUCUCACAACAGCCAGAGGGGAGCAGCGUGAAUGGUUCGGGAUUCAAGAAACCCUGACCUCGGCCUCUGGGUCCAAGCUCUCAGACUCUUUCUAGAGCUAGACUCAACCUCGCAACUCCACCGCUCAGGGCCGGGUCUCCUGGAGGUCAGAGGAGAUGGUCCAGCUGGGCACAUGCACCAGGACAGGAGUUCUGGUUGAGUUUUCAAGGAGGGGGAGGUGUCCUGCGGGCGAAAUGGAAGAGAGACGUUGGAUACCCCUGACAAACACGCCAUGGAUCCAGCCAUCAGGCAGGUUUUGAGAGGUGCCAGGAAGUUCACCAGGGUCCAGCUCUGGCCGGAGGCUCCUCCCCGACUGGUCCCUGACGUCCUUUCCUUCAGGUCAACCCCUGCCUUCCCUUGGAAUAUCGAUUUCUCUUAACGCCUCCAUCCUGACUGGCUGGUAGAGAGGCCUCUGAGCUCUUGAUGUCACUCUGUCCCCAUCCAGCCAGAGGUCCAGGCUGGGGAGGGGGCUGGGUUUGCCCGCCACUCCCCCCCCCCAGCCCCCCGCCCCUGCGCUCCUCCGGGCUCACCCAGGGCUCUCCAGACAACCUGCCCCCAGGCCCCGGCUCAGCCUGCCUGCGUCUCCCUCCCCAGAUAGCCCUGGUCUGGGGUCAUGAGGCUCAGUGACCUCUGUAUGUCUGCAUGCUCCUGGCUCUGUGUGGCCUGGGGCCCCUCCCUGGAGGACUUCAGGCAGAUGGGCCCUCGUGCACCCAUCCAGAAGAUCUCCCUUUGACCAAGACCGGGUUCCGCUUUCCCCUCCUGCAGGCACGGUGGGAGAUACGCGGCCCCCACCCCAGAACAGAUUCAGAGCAGCUUCCCGCUUCCCCGGGGCCUCUGUGCUCUGGGUCCUGCCGCUCAGUCCCCAAAGGGAAGGGGAGAGGGGACAGAGCCUGAGGAUGCUGUGUGGGGGGCGGCCAGGGCGGGAAAGCCUGCGUUGGCGGGGAGGGAAGGUGGUGGUGGGGAGCGCUGGUAAACAGCAAUCCUGCCCCUGGAGCUCAGGGUCGGCCGCAUCUCCCCCUGAAACGGGAGCGUUUCAAGGGUGAGCGCCUGCGGUGUGUGUGCGCCCGCCCGCCCGUGCGCCCGCCUCCCGUGUGCGCGCCUGUCGCUGUCAUCGCGGAUGUUCCCCCGCUGUCACUCCGCUGCUCUCGGCUCGCACACACGCGCCCCUCCCCGCCUGCCCCUCUCCGCGGCUCCCUCUGUCCCUCCCUCUCCUCCUCCGGGUGUCAUUGACCCGGCAGCCCUGGCCCCAGGAGGAGGCGGCCGGCCGCAGGCGUCCCUCCCGCCGGUGCGCUGCUGCCGGGUCCUGCUGGGGACCCAGGUCCUGCUGGGGAUCGGGCUGUGCCGCUGUCUGAUUCCUCCAGGAAUUCCAGGAGGGGCUGGCUGGACGGCUCAGACCUCUGAUUCAAGGGGCUUGUUCGCGCCAAAGCACGAGCCCCUGAGCUGAUGAGUUUUUCCCCAGAUCUGCUGGAGGCGGAGGACGGAGCACAGCCGCUCCCCCACUAGGAGACCGUGGAGGGAAAGCAGGGGGCUGCCCCGCGGCGAAAGCGGACCUGGGCCUCUCCCGCGACCCACCCACCGGCUGACCCACCGACUGCCCCUGUGCUGGGCCUGGUCUCUGCCUCCCCGGGGGCCAUGGACUGACCGAGCAGACAGACGGGGGCUCCUCUCCCCGGAGGUGCGGGGCCUGGCAGCUGUGCAGCCACCAUGCUGGCCCCGGGCGGCCGCCCUGAGCCGAGGACCUGGCUCACUCUGUGGAGGCAGAUCUCUUGGCUCGCCUGCUGGAUCGCCCUGUGCGCGGCGGAGGCCGUUCCCGCCUGCCCCUUCCCCUGCACGUGCGACAGCCGCGGCCUGCAGGUGGACUGCAGCGGCCUGGGCCUGACUGCGCCACCCCCGGACCUGCCGGCUGCCACGCGCAGCCUCCUGCUCCUCAACAACAGGCUGAGCUCCCUGCCUGGCGGGGCCUUCGCCAACCUGUCGGGCCUGCAGCGGCUGGACCUCUCCAACAACUUCCUGGACCGGCUGCCGCGUGCGGCCUUUGGGGACCUGGCCAACCUGACGGAGCUGCAGCUCCGUAACAACAGCCUCCGGGCCCUGGACGCCGCGCUGCUGCGGCCCCUGCCGCGCCUGCGCCACCUGGACCUGUCCCUCAACGGGCUGGCCCGGCUCCCGCCCGGCCUCUUCGACGGGCUGCCCGCCCUGCGCUCCCUGUCUCUGCGCGCCAACCGCCUGCAGAGCCUGGACCGCCGGACCUUCGAGCCCCUGGCCGGCCUGCAGCUGCUGCAGGUGGCAGACAACCCCUGGGAGUGCGACUGCCACCUGCGGGACUUCAAGCGCUGGCUUGAGUGGUUCUCCUACCGAGGGGGGCGCCUGGACCAGCUGGCCUGCACCCUGCCCAAGGAGCUGAGGGGGAAGGACAUGCGCAUGGUCCCCAUGGAGAUGUUCAACUACUGCUCCCAGCUGGAGGAUCAGAAUAGCUCAGCCGGGCAGGAGGUCCUCGGGCCGCCCUGCACCAAGGCCAGCCCGGAGCCUGCCAAGCCCAAGCCGGGCCCCGAGCCCGAGCCCGAGCCCAGCACCGCCUGCCCCCAGAAGCAGAGGCCGCGGCCUGUGAGCGUGAGGCGGGCCAUCGGCACAGUGAUCAUUGCGGGCGUGGUCUGCGGCGUGGUCUGCAUCAUGAUGGUGGUGGCCGCCGCCUACGGCUGCAUCUACGCCUCCCUCAUGGCCAAGUACCACCGUGAGCUCAAGAAGCGCCAGCCUCUCAUGGGCGACCCGGAGGGUGAGCACGAGGACCAGAAGCAGAUCUCCUCCGUGGCCUGAGAGCCCGCCAAAGAGGGUGGGGGAGCAUGCUGGCUCUCCCUCUGCUGUCCCCUUUCCACCUUCCUCCCAGCCUCCGCGGACUCUGAGCCUCCGGAAGUCACCAGCGUGACCAGCUCCUCCAGGGCCCCCCAGAGCUCUGGACCGCGGGCAGAAAGGACAGGUGUGCCACAGAGGCUCCUGGGCCUGGUGCCCCCAUGCCCCUUCAGCCUUCCCUGCAGUCACAGCUCACAGCCUGUGAUGCUCCCCACCUCUGGCUCGACUCAUCUCGCCUGCAUCCGGGGUGCGGGGCCGGUUUCUGGGACUCUCUUCUGAGCUGGGCCGAUGUUGGGCCCAGCUUCCAGCGGCUGGUACCAACAUGUUGUCAGACCAGCCCUGCCAUUGGGACCGGUGCUUGGAAACCCAGCACCAGGCCCUGGCUGACACCACCAGGCCCUGCAUUACCGACCUCCCUGCCCUGCUCACUGGUCACUUUCCCAGUUGCUUGGCGUUGCACUCACAGUCGCAUGGGGACAGAGGUCGUAGGACCUCGGAGAGCAGAGCCAAGCCUCCCCCUUGGUUUUGGCACCCAGACCACGCAACCUCCUGCUUGCUGAUGCAACCUCCCACAGCUGACAGGGAGAAGCCCAAACCCAUGGCACGAGGAUUCCUUUCAGAUCCUCUCCAGGGGCCAAGGUGGAGCUGCUGGAUGAGGCUGCUCGUUACCAUGGUAACCCACUCACACCUCUCCUGCUGGGCUUUCUGGGGACACCGCUGGUCCAGAAGCCUCGAGGCUGCAGUGUGUGUGGACGGCGGGCCCUUGGGGGGUCCAGCUACAGACCACCGACUGGGCUUGUCCUCAGAGCUGCUGAAGUACAUCCCUGCCAGGCCCUAUGGGGACCCCCACCGCAACUCCCUCAGCCUGCAGCCCCAGAACUGUUGCUCUGCACCUUCAUCCCCCGGCCUCCACCUUCAGCAUCCCUGGGCCUGUGACCUCGGGGCGGGGGACUGGCUCAUACUCUGUGACUGCCCUGCCAGCAUAUCCCAAGCAGAUGCCGGGAGCAGGGAAAGCCACCUGCGUUCUGCUCAGUGGUGUCAUUAGGGGGGGUCCCUUUCCCAGCGUUCUGUCCGCUCCAUCUGGCUUCCCACAAUCCUCACAGCCCCUGGACUGGGGCCCAAACCAGAGCACGGCCCUGGGAGCCCGUCUCUCUCUACCCGUAACCCCCAAGCCACCACAGGGACCGAGGCUGGGGGCGGGGGCGAGAGGGGGCAGUGCAGGCUCUCCUUGCCCAGGUCUACCCCCUUGGUCAGUGUGAUCUGAGGUGAGUCUGGGGCUCUCUCUGCAGGACACCAGCCUCCCCAAGCUUAUGAAGGGUCGGGUGCCAUCAGGCUGGUUUCUGGCUCUGAGACGGGAGGUUUUGGGGGGGUGGGUACCCAGAACACGGGUCUGAGGCAGGACAAGGAUGGGGGUGCCGAUCGCAGGCUGCCCACCCGGCUGGCCACAGUCUUCCUUCUUUUGAGGUGCUGGCUGACACCGGAUCUGGGGAUUCGGGGAGUGGGGGAAGGCUGGGCGUUGUCAGUGGUGGAGUCUUAGCCUGAGACAGAAGAUUUUUAAAGGCAAAAUUAUAUUUCUGGUUUGUUGUUUCAGAUGACCAAUAAAGACUGUAUUUUCCUA